AAAACUUCAAACAUACAGCACUGAUUUUAGAUGAAAGUAUCAUUCAUUCCAGAAAACAAACGGAAAAAUUAGUUUUUGAAAAAAUUUGUAAAACUCGAAUCGAACGAACGUACACCCGGAAUAUACAGAAAAUGGAGUGGCCUACAACUGGAAUUUUGUGGCUGCUGCUGGUUGUCGCAAUUGCCGCCAAAAGCGUUGCUGCUAUUAGCUCGGAGGACGACUCCUCAUCUAAUGCCAAGAAGAUUUUUCAGGACACAGACCCCUCCUCGCGGGAGGAGAUCAAGAUGCGCUUGGGCCUGCUUGUCGAUCUCAUGGAUGGGGACAGCAAUGGGAUGGUGACGUUGACAGAGCUGAAGGAUUGGAUCGCCCAAGCAUCGCGACGGUACAUCGAGAAUGAUGUGGCACGCCUCUGGAAGCGUCUGAAUCCGGAGAACAAUGGCAACAUCACCUGGAACGUGUACCAAAGUACCAUCUACGGUUAUGACUUGGCUGGCUACCGGAGCCUGAUAAACCGCGAUCGCCGCCGCUGGAAAGUGGCCGAUAGGGAUCGCGACGAUAGCCUAUCCCACGAGGAGUUCUCGGAGUUCCUCCACUCCAAUAACCAUACCAUCAUGCGUGAUGUUGUCCUCAAGGAGAUGUUUGAUGACCUGGACCUAGACCACGAUGGCAAAAUCUCCCUGGCCGAGUAUUUGCUCGACAUGUACCAGCCGGACUCAACCGAUGAGGAGACACCCGAGUGGGUGGGCGAAGAGCGUGAUGUGUUCGGCAAGUUCCUCGAUCUGGACGGCGAUGGGUUUCUCAGCGAGGCGGAAACGCGCCAGUGGAUAGCCCCCCAUGGCCCGGGCCAGACCGAUAGCCAGGCCCUGCGUCUCUUCAUGGAGGCCGAUGCGGACAAGGAUGAGCAGCUGACAAAGGCGGAAAUCCUGGACAAGUACAACACCUUUUUGAGCUCCCCGGCCACCGAGUAUGGCGGCUCCUUGAUGCGGCAUGACGAGUUGUAGACAGACAACAGUCUCCCCCCCCCCCCCCAAGCCCCCCCGACCACACCCACACACUAAAGAAAUCAUAGAAUGUUUUUGGUUGUAAAAUUUGUUAGUUGUUCUAAAGAUAUAUAUAUCCAGUGAAAUGCAGUAAAUGAACACAAGUCCUAUCCAUAAACUUAAAGCUAAAUGAAACCAUA